AUGUCCAAGUCCUACCGCGUGGGCCAGACGAUUGCCCCGAAACACAUCGACUUGAUCCGGCAGGGCAAAUACGCCUUGACGCUUCAGGACGAGGCCACGGUGCCCGUCAACCAAGACGGCUUCCUCGACGCCAAGGACGGCUUCGGAACGGCCUUUAUCCUCGCCGAGACCGCAGCGUCGGCGCGCAAGAUGGGCAUCCUCGACAACCGCCUCCAGCUGGAGCGGAACUCAUCCUGGGGCUUCUUCCCUCGGCUGCGCGUCGAUGUCUCGUCGCUCGAGCCCGAGGACGCGGCCAGCAGCGGCGGCCAGGAUGACCUUGCUGCUUCUCUUCGCCUCGACGGCCGGGUCGCGGGCCUGGAGAUGAAGCUCGACUACCUCGCGUCGAUGCUGCCGCCCGACACGGCGGCGGCCAGGAAGUUCGUCGUCGAGACCGGGAGGCUGACCAUGGCCAAUCUGCUCGCGGUCAAGACAGCUCGCCGCGUCGAGUUUGCCAAAACGUUUCAGGCGCCUCCGGUCGUCAAGGCAACCAUUUCCUCCGUCGAGCCGCUCAAGACGCCCACGUUGGCACUCAAUGUUCGCGGCGAGGACGUGGACUCGACCGGAUUCCGCUUCGACAUCUGGCCCUGGAAUAUCCCCCCGCAUGAAAGCGGGGGGCCCUACGACGCCGUCAUCAAGUGGACGGCGACCGGGUUUUGA